GGCGUACCAAGGCUUCGCGAGUGGAGAUGUGGACAACGAUGCAUACUCUGUGCGUUCGUUCAUCGAAGACGGCCACAACAUUGCCUUGUGUCAGUCUUAUGCGAAAAAUAUGGGCUUAUAUGGCGAAAGAGUAGGUGCGCUGACAGUGACCACUAGUGAGAAGCAACACGCUUUUAAUGUAGCGUCUCAACUGAAGACAAUUAUACGACCCACGUACAGCAGUCCGCCGAUACACGGGGCACGAUUGGCGACUAUGAUUCUAACAGACACCAGUCUAAAAUCUUUGUGGUUAGAGGAGGUAAAAGCGAUGGCCGAUCGGAUUAUAGGCGCUCGGGCCUUGUUGACGCAGAAACUCGAUGAGGCGGGAUCCAUUCUUCCUUGGGGUCAUAUCAACAAGCAAAUUGGGAUGUUCUGCUUCAGCGGUCUCAGUACUGAACAGUGUAAAAGAUUGCGCGACGAGCACUCGGUUUAUUUGACCAUGGACGGGCGUAUCAGUAUGGCGGGAGUCACCACGAGCAAUGUGACCUACAUCGCAAAGGCUAUACACGAGGUCACUAAGGAAUAAACAUGGUCGAGCCAGUUGAUUGUCUGCAACUAUGCUUGGUAUUUUCAAAAAUAUAGAAGCUGUCCUAGUGGCAUAUCUUGUUUUUGUACGCUGGUGCGUGCAGUUUUGAAGCAUUGGUGCCCAGAUGCACUAUGUGAAUUGUGAUGUGUAGCAUCUCGAUACUUCGUAUUGAGUACUCAGCGCCAAAUUUCCAUUAUUUUUCAUCGUGUACCGUAGAAAUAAAAUACAGCGUUUCAAAAGGUUUCAUUUUUAAAAGAAUAGAAGACCAUGUCAAGAAUGCUAAUUUCGAG